AUGGUGGACUCAGGUCUGGUAGGAUACAGCACUUAGUUGUUUUGGGUGUUGGUGUUAGUGUGGCAGACGCAAAGUUCAAGGAGAAGAGACAAUUUGUCUGCUUGGCUGACAAAUAAAACCGGUGAAACUAUGAGACACACUUUGACUUAUUGUGGCUGCAAAAUUUUAAAUUUUGUGUUUUUUGUUUUUUUUUAUCCUUCCCUCUCUGUAACUUCUGCCUUCAUUUUUAAUGCACGUCUCAGGAGUUUGCUGUGGACACUGAGAAGAAUAGUAGCACGUGGAACAAAAGGAAAACAUUUCUACACUGUGAAGUGUUUGGUCAAACUGAGGCACUCGGUAUAAACUGUAGGCAAAAAGUUUCAUUUUUAAAGUUAUGAGCAAACUUUGAUGGAGUGACAUGAAGCACAGUAAAGUAGCUCUUUUUUAUGUUUUUGUGGAUGAAUUUCUUGGCCCAUUUAAAAAUCCUGCCUAUCCUGCCCACUCCAGCCUAGCAGGGGGCAGUAUUACUCCUACAUGUUUAAAAGAAUAAAAGAAGAGUCGUAGCAAGCCUGCAGUGACGUCAUCGCUUCCUGGUUAUUAUUUACUUUCAUUUUAUGGCUUUGUGAAGCUGCAGAUUGUCUCCGUGUAGAGGUUUCUGUGCUUCAGCUGACUCUGUGAUGUCGCUGUGUGAGAACAAAGUGGAGCUUCCUCCUCCCUCUAAAGCCACUCUGUGUGGAGACGAGAUCACCAAAGCUCAGAGCCCAGAGAAGCAGCACAGACCCCACACAGCCCACCGUGAACCUGAACCCAGCUGUAUGUCCGUGAUGAGCGACCAAUCAAAUGAGCGCUAUAUUGAUUUCCAACAAGGAGCACAGGAAACAAAGAUACGUCAGAGAAAACAAUCUCCUAAACCUGAACUCGUCUGUGUGUCCACGAUGAGCAGCAGCUCAAAUGAGCGAUAUAUUGAUUUCAAACAAGCACCAGUGGAGACAAGACCCAGCUGUGUGUCAAUGAUGAGCGACCAGUCCAAUGAGCGACAUAUUGACUUCAAACAAGGAUCACAAGACACAAAUAAACAUCGGAGAAAAAAACCUCCUAAACCUGAACCCGUCUGUGUGUCCAUGAUGAGCAGCAGCUCAAAUGAGCGAUAUAUUGAUUUCAGCCGAGAUACAGAGAACAGUCAGAACCUGCCUGCUAAUGAAGGCUGGUUAUCCUUCAUAAAGAACUGGAUCAUGGAUGCGAUCGUGAAUUUAUUACAAAGAUUAUUUGUGAAACAGUUACAACAGAUACCAGCAUCUUCUGAACCUGAUUCAUCAGCACCCACAACGUGCGAUGAAUCUGUUCUUCAUAACUCCAGCGAUGAACUCGACUCUGUUAACGAGGCAUUUGACAAGGAAAGUACAGAGGCUCCAAGUGAUCAGCCUGCCCAGCAGCAUCAAUCACAUCCGGACUCAGUCUUUAUGCGGCUGGAGGACAACAUUAUCACUUUUGUGAAAAAUGAGCUGAAGAAGAUCCAGAAGAUGUUGUUUCCAGAUAACUCAGAGAGUCAGAUGGAGGAAGAGAUGCUGCUGGGGGGCGAGGGUGAAGAACACAAGAACAGAGAGGCAUUGGUGAAGCUCGCCCUGCAUUUCCUGAGGAAAAUGGAACAGAACGGCAUGGCUGACUAUCUGCAGAACAAACUUUUUGCUCCACAAUGUCAACGUAAACUUAAAAGUAAUCUGAAGAAGAAGUCCCAGUGUGUGUUUGAGGGGAUCGCUAAAGCAGGAAACCCAACCCUUCUGAAUCAGAUCUACACAGAGCUCUACAUCACAGAGGGAGGGACUGCAGAAGUCAAUAAUGAACAUGAGGUCAGACAGCUCGCAACAGCAUCCAGGAAGCCAGACAGAUCAGAAACAACAAUCAGACGAGAAGACAUCUUUAAAAAGUCACCUGGAAGAGAUGAACCAAUCAGAACAGUGCUGACAAAAGGAGUGGCCGGCAUUGGGAAAACAGUCUUAAUUCAAAAGUUUACACUAGACUGGGCUGAAGAACAAGCUAACCAGGACAUCCAGUUUACAUUUCCAUUUACAUUCAGAGAGCUGAAUGUGUUGAAAGAGAAAAAGUUCAGCUUGGUGGGACUUGUUCAUCACUUCUUUACUGAAACCAAAAAAGCAGGAAUUUACUGGUUUGAACACUUCCAAGUUGUGUUCAUCUUGGAUGGUCUGGAUGAAUGUCGACUUCCUCUGGACUUCCACCACAGUAAAACUCUAACUGAUAUUACACAGUCCGCCUUAGUGGGUGUGCUUCUUACAAACCUCAUCAGGGGGAAUCUGCUUCCCUCCGCUCAUGUCUGGAUAACCACACGGCCUGCAGCAGCCAGUCAGAUUCCUCCUAAGUUUGUUCAGAUGGUGACAGAAGUCAGAGGGUUCACCGAUGAACAGAAGGAGGAGUACUUCAGGAAGAGAUUCAGAGAUGAGGAACAGGCCAGCAGGAUCAUCUCCCACAUCAAAUCAUCACGAAGCCUCCACAUCAUGUGCCAUAUCCCAGUCUUCUGCUGGAUCACUGCUACUGUUCUGGAGAAUAUGUUGAAAACCAGAGAGGGAGGAAUAUUACCUAAGACUCUGACUGAGAUGUACAUCUAUUUCCUGGUGGUUCAGUCCAAAGUAAGGAAGAUCAAGUAUGAUGGUGGUGCUGAGACAGAUUGUCACUGGGGUCCAGAAAGCAAGAAGAUGAUUGAAUCUCUGGGAAAACUGGCUUUUGACCAGCUAGAGAAAGGAAACCUGAUCUUUUAUGAAUCAGACCUGACGGAGUGUGGCAUCGAUAUCAAAGCAGCCUCAGUGUGCUCAGGAGUGUUCACACAGAUCUUUAAAGAGGAAAAGGGGCUAUAUCAGAACCCAGUGUUCUGCUUCAUCCAUCUGAGCGUUCAGGAGUUUCUGGCUGCUCUUCAUGUCCAUCUGGUCUUCAUCAACUCUGGAGUCAGCGUGCUACCAGAGGAACAAACAGCAUCUCAGACAUCUGAAACGCCUAAAAAUAAGAUUGUAAAAACAGACUUCUACCAACGUGCUGUGGACAAUGCUUUGCAGAGUCCAAAUGGACACCUGGACUUGUUCCUCCGCUUCCUCCUGGGUCUUUCAUUGCAGUCAAAUCAGGAUCUUCUAAAAGGCCUGCAGACACAGACAGAAAGCAGUUCAGAAAUCAAUCAAAAAACAGUCCAGUACAUUAAGAUGAAGAUAAGUGAGAAUCUGUCUGCAGAAAAAAGCAUCAAUCUGUUCCACUGUCUCAAUGAACUGAAUGACCGUUCUCUAGUGGAGGAGAUCCAACAGUCCCUGAGUUCAAGAACCCUCUCUGUGGAUAAACUGUCUACUGCCCAGUGGUCAGCUCUGGUCUUCAUCUUACUGUCAUCAGAAAAUGAUCUGGAUGAGUUUGUCCUGAAGAAAUACUCUGCUUCGGAGGAGGCUCUUCUGAGGCUGCUGCCAGUGAUCAAAGCCUCCAAAAAAGCCAUACUGACUGACUGUAACCUCUCAAAGACAAGCUGUGAAGCUCUGACUUCAGUUCUCAGUAACCCAGUCUCUAGUCUGCUUGAGCUAGACCUGAGUAACAACACACUGCAGAAUUCUGGGGUGAAAGCAUUUUCUGUUGAACUGGGGAGCCCACACUGGAAACUGGAAACUCUAAGACUGUCAGGCUGUCAGAUUACAGAGGAUGGCUGUAGGUAUCUUGUCUCAGCUCUUAACUCUAACCUUACCCACUUGAAAGAACUGGACUUGAGCUACAAUAAUCCAGGGGACUCAGGAGUACAACUGUUGUCAGAUGGACUAGAGCAUUCGUUACAAAAGUUAGAAACUCUGAG